UGAAAGCUAGCGAUCAGGGGCAUAGGUAACGAUUUGAAUCGAAUUUCCACGAAAUUAAGGUGAUCAAGUAACAAAGUACAAGCUGCUGAACUUCAACAGUGUUUGCUAAAGAAUUGAUUAUUUUGCUAAAUGUUGUAAGAUAUUGCUCAAUAUGUUCCCUCAGCAGUAGUUGAAAGCUGCUACCAUACUUUUGAAUGUGAUACCAUUGCAGAGGACAUCAGAAGUACCUAAACCUUGCGUCGAAACUCCAUCAAGGUACAGAUUCUACUGAAAUCACCAUUUCAUACUGCAUAUUUUUUUAUAAUGUGCUAGGUAACUCCCAUAGAAUUUUAUAGCAGGUAUAAAACAAAUCAUUAUUAUUCGUAAGUGAGCAGUGCCGGUGCCACAAGGCCCGUCGGCAGUGAGCCGGCAGAGCCCGUCGGCCGCACCGGGCUUGACGCGGCGCUCGUCGUCGUCUCGAUGCCCCGGCGCUGGAGCGGGCCACGCUCGCGCCGCUCCUGUCAGCCGGCUGGGGAGCUGACGCUGGCCGACAGCGCCGACGCCCGACUGCCGGUGGCGCGGCUGCGGAAGGCGCGCGCCCCCAGGACGGACGUGCCCGACUGCUGGGAGGACGUGGUCGACGAGCCGCCCGACCGGCACGCCGACUCGGCCGGCGGCGGCGGGCUGUGGCACGCCGGUGGCGGGCGGGCUGAGCGCGGCGCCGGCCGCCGCUACCCGCCCGAGCUGUGGUACCUGAUCGGCCGUCACGUGGCGCCCGAGGACGUGGCGCGGUUCGCGGCCAUCUGCCGCGACGCGUACCGGAGCACGCUGACGCGCCAGUUCUGGGUGCGCCUCUACUGGCACUGGUGCGCCCCGCCGACGCCGCUCGGUCUGCUGGCGGCGCCCGAUUUCGUGCAGGAGCAGCGCGGCUGCCGGGCGGCCGUGGUGCGCGCGCUGCAUCGGCUGUACGGGCCGCUGCGCGCGCUGCGCCGCCGCGCCGCCGACAGUACCGACACGUGCCGGCUGGUGGGCGCCCAGUGCAUCAACAUGGGCCGCGCACCGGCCGGCGGCGACUUCUGGCUGUACUGCCUGGUGUUCCGGCGACCGGUGAGCCAGUUCCACCAGCGACUGGCGCCGCCAUCCUGUCGCGACGUGCGGCUGGCGCGCGAGCUGCUCUUUGAGAACGCCGACGAGGGCACCACGUGUCUGCUGGUGCGCGCGCACGGCACCAGCCAGCUGCCGGCCGUGUUCGGCCACGUGGUGCACAGUGUGUCCGUCACCAUGACGACGGGCAUGCAGCAGAAGAUGAGCAUCGUGUUCACGCAGACGGGGUACCGGGAGGGCGGUUGCCGCGCGCCGGCCGCCUACCUCAGCCGGGUGCUGGUACUGGCCCCCGUCAACUCGUUCCGGCUGGUGCACUGGUGGCACGACGAGUUCCACGAGGUGUUCCACAAGCACAUGCUGGCCGGGAAGGAGAGUGCGGUGCCGGCGCCCAGCUGAUGUCGGCUGGACUCAGCGGGGUCCUCGUGCCCUUAGUGUGCCACUCGGUGCGGUGUCGCCCCUCUGCGGUGAGCUGGCGCCGACCCUAGCCUGAUAAAUGCAGCUGCAGUGUUGUGCCUGCUCGCAGCGGACUGAAGGUGUUCUUUCAAUGGGUCUAACUCAAUUGCACGUUUUGUGUGUCGUGAUUGGAUUUAGUUUCAAGUUUGUUUUUUUAGAAUGUGCCGAGCUGGUAGGAUGGAAUAUUUGCUUUGAGUUUUCGGUGUCGAGUGGGAUUUGUUUGAUGUAUAUCUUUGGACGAUGUCUUGUUCAGGGAGCAAUUCGUUACAGGGAAGCAUUGACUUCGGGCCGGGCGAUAGUACACACUACACAGCGAGUUCCGCCGCAGUUAUUGGUCCCGUGCUGUUACUCGGGAAUCCCACUCCGUUUCGUUCCCCUUGGCGUGCUUUGAGACUUGUCCGUGGCUGGUCUAUCGUGUGAUAAAGUGACGUAUGUGAACGGGGACUGGAAUGGAGGAUGAAAUCUGCCAACAGUGUUUCGCUGAUAGCAGCAACUUGCUAACGUUUCUGAGUUACAAGUACGUGCGAUAUUACGAACACGUUAUGAUGUAUUAAUGCGAUAUGAGGGAGCAAUGAUUGAAACCACACUUAUUAACCUGCGCCAAAGUUGAAGGUGAUACACAUUUUUGUAGAAAUUGUGUACCUUCAUCCUAGUUUCGUGUGAAAAUGAUUUGUGCGAAGGAUGUGCAUAAUCUAUGACCGGUCGCAUCGGCCACAAUGUUGUGCGCUUUUGGAGGUAUGGCCCGCCGGGGAGUGAUCCGAAUUCCAGAGCUAUGUAGCGCGGAGGCUAAUACAAGGCUACCAUUG